AUGUCGGCCAGCGAGCACGAGCUGAAUGUGUCGGCUAAUCCGGAGGAUGCCCCUCCGAUGAUUGCGUCAAAUGUUGCGGGAUCCGCAAAUGAUGACUCCCAGGUGACCAAGUCGAGACGGCGCAGGCGACCUGCGGAAUCCGAGAACCAAGCGAAAAGUCAAGCCUUUUACUUUGUCGACUCCAAUUCAUCCUCGAAGGAAAAAAGAGCCCAUGUAAUGCGACACCACGUCCAAGAGAAACGCAAGCAGCGCAAAAGGUCCCAUGGCACAAUCCCUUCACCACCGGAACAAUUACAAGAAGCGUCCUCCUGGCAGGCCAGGAAGGAUUCGGGAUAUGAUACGGAAGAUAUACAAGACCCCGCCGUAACCAGUGCGCCUGGUCUUUCUGGACAAGAUUCUUCGCUUCCUAUCCGAUUCUCGGCCGUCAAUCCACACGCGCAACCGACGCCCAUGCAGUUCGAUCCGGCCGGCACGAUUGUCGAUACAUCUCCAAAGGAUCCAUCCUCAGGCAUUCCAUAUGCCCAAUGUCCCGAAGACCUGGAAUUGAUUGACUUUUGGACAAAUAAGUUAACUUACUGGUCUGGACAAAAUCCCCUCAUCAAAACACGAAUGUUUCAAAUCGCUUCGCAGCAUAUAGUGCCCUUUCAAGCCGUCAUCCUUACCUACUGUGCUCGCGCAAAGGCACAGGUCCAAGAAAACCCGAAUAGCGACGAACUUCAACGUCACGUUAUCCAAGCUCGGAAAAAUAUACAGGAUGGUACGACGGGUUCUUUGCAGGUUCACCCAGAUCACCUAGUCGUUGCCCUAUCGGGCAUGGCCCUUAGCGAAGAUCGAUUCGGAGACAAACAGGUUGCUCAAGCUUAUUUAGAGCAAGCUUGUCGGAUUAUGCGUCCGCGCUCUGGAAGUAACAUUCCCGUGGAGGCAUUUCUUCACUAUGUCCGAUUCAUUCUACCCUCACCGAAUCUACCUUUAGAGCCUAAUGCAUUGCAAUGGCUGGUGGCGUUCUUACGAGGCGCAGAGCAGCUCAUGCAUAUGCACAGUGCCCCAGAAUAUCACGCACAGGCGCCACAGCGGCUUGACAUGUUUCAAGACUGUCAGCUGUUUUCAUUACUAUCGAGUGGACCUCGACCAUCGCAAGUGCCACACGCGUCACGCAUGUAUGUGGUCCGGGACCCUCAAACCCAGGAGGUCAGUCGAACCACUGCACUCCUCUACAUUACUGCAGCUCUCUGGGAUUUCAAAGAUUCAGCCGACCAGACCAAUCGGUAUUUAAUCUAUCUAAAGAACAUGGUUGAACAACACCAGCUGGCUCAGCACCCUGCCUGCGAAACACUUUUGUGGUUAUUAUUGGAGCAAGGCUGUGAUCCUGACCUUCGAAACCCUGAACGAGCAUGGUCCGUUGGCGAGAUUUUGAAGACUCAUCGGCUUCUCCGACCUGAGCUACAGUUUAACUUUAACGAGAUCUUGAUGAGCUUCUUGACACUACGUUCACCGAUUCGCGGCAUUGACGUGUUCGAAGAGGAGCUGCAAGAUGAAUAUAAAUAG